ACCACGUUUUGCUGAGUUUUCAGGUAAUGGAAUACCCUUCCAUCCCACUGUGUGUCUCGUUUUUCUUUUAAAUAUAUAUUUUCUGUUUUUGUUUUCGUUUUGGCCUAGUAUUUUUGAUUCGUUGAAUUGUUUGGAAAUCAUGUGAUCUCAUUGGAUAAUUGGUGGGUUUCUUUUCGAUUAUCGAUCCUUUGUGUCUGAGAGUAGCCAUUAACGUUUGAAAUUAAUGUGUAAUCUCGUAUUAUUAUGCUGAUUGUGUUUGACCACGGGGAUUGCAGAAACGGAUUUUGCUUAGGGCUUUUGAAAGGGGUACGUUAUUAAUCUCUCGGGGGGAAAACAUAUAUUUAGAGGACAAUGGCAGCUCCACCAACAAGGGCUCGAGCUGAUUAUGAUUAUCUGAUCAAAUUGCUUCUCAUUGGCGACAGCGGUGUGGGGAAGAGUUGUCUUCUUUUGCGGUUCUCAGAUGGUUCCUUCACAACAAGUUUCAUCACCACUAUUGGCAUUGACUUCAAAAUAAGGACCAUUGAGCUUGAUGGAAAGCGAAUCAAGCUGCAAAUAUGGGAUACAGCAGGUCAAGAGCGGUUUAGAACUAUUACGACAGCUUACUAUCGUGGAGCCAUGGGCAUAUUGCUAGUUUACGAUGUAACAGACGAAUCAUCUUUCAACAACAUCAGAAAUUGGAUCCGCAACAUUGAGCAACAUGCUUCAGAUAAUGUCAACAAAAUACUAGUCGGAAACAAGGCUGAUAUGGAUGAAAGUAAGCGGGCUGUUCCAACUUCAAAGGGUCAAGCUCUUGCUGAUGAAUAUGGCAUCAAGUUUUUUGAGACCAGUGCAAAAACCAACAUGAACGUGGAAGAAGUUUUCUUUUCAAUAGCUAGAGAUAUAAAGCAAAGGCUAUCUGAAUCAGAUUCCAAGAUUGAGCCUCAAGCAAUCAGGAUCAAAGACAAUGAUCUGCCCGCUGCUGGUGGACCAACAGCACCAAAAUCAGCUUGCUGUGGAUCGUGA